GUCAUAAUAUCCAUAUCCGAAAUGACCAAGCAUGACCACGAACACCCGCUCUCCCAUAUCUCGUCUUUCACAUAGUUUCAUCUUCUCCUAUCCACAGGUAUACCUUAGCGUUCCAUUCAGAGAUUUGGCAUGUUCUCUUCCAUGCACUGCUGCCUCCCUUGAUGUGCAGCAGGAGCUGUUCAUCUUUACUCCUUUAGGAGUUCUUCAGAUUGAUCAGAGGCAGUAGCCAGCCCAUUAGACAAGGUUACGCAUUCAGGCGCCAUGGCCACCUCCUCCUCGCCGCUCACAGCCCUAUACUCCUCGUUCCUCUCAUAUACUCCUUCCACGCCAUCCAUGGCGGCGCUGCCCCGGCGGCGAAGGGCCGGCUGCCGCUACCCUCGUAUCCAGGCCGUCGAUCUCGACCAGAACACGAUCGUGGCGAUAUCGGUCGGCGUCGUCAGCGUUGCCAUCGGCAUCGGUAUCCCGGUGUUCUACGAGACACAGAUCGACAAUGCCGCGAAGAGGGAUAACACACAGCCGUGCUUCCCCUGCAGUGGCUCUGGGGCACAGGUGUGCAGGUUUUGCACCGGGAAGGGAACAGUUACUGUAGUGAUCGGCGGAGGCGAGACUGAAGUAUCAAACUGUGUCAACUGCGAUGGGGUUGGCUCGUUGACAUGCACCACAUGUCAAGGCUCUGGAAUUCAACCACGCUAUCUUGACCGCAGGGAAUUCAAGGAUGACGACUAAGGGUUUUGUUAUUGCUAAUGAUGGUAUGCCAUAUUAUUGUCUGAUCUGACAACGCCAUAAUCUGGAGAGGUGCACAUUUGAGAAUUGAUCUGAUAGUUUUGUGUUGUAUUAUAUGUCCAUUUUUGGUAAAUAUGUAUGUAUGUCUUCUGAAGCGUCUGAAAAAAAUGGAGGCCCUUUAUAAUUCCAGCAGAGAAAAAUGGCUGUUCUCCAGUGGACAAUGCCGAUGACUCAAGUUGUAGUGUUAAACAUUCUGCAAGGUACUGUCUGUUUUGACAUGUCUUUAUGAGUGUUAGCCUACAACAAUAGUGCAAUACAACCUUUUGAUGCCUUCUUUUUUUUA